UAGAAAACUUGAUUUACUUUGAUUUAAAACAAAUAUAGUUCAAAAUAAUAAAUUGUGUUGUAAAAAUUUGUUAUUAUUAAACAAAUUGUGUGUGCGAAUAUGAUUUACUUUUUUUAAAAUUUAUAAUUAUAAUUAUUUCUAUACAUAAAAUAGUUUUGAAUUAAAAACAAAUAUGUUACAUAAUUAUUUUAUUUUAUAAAAAAAAUUAUUUAAGGGCAAAAUCGCUUGAAUUAACAAACAAAAUGCUCAUGGUAUAUCAAUCAUGAAAAUUGAAUUACUAUCAUAUUAUAAUUUACAAAGAUAUUAUACUAUUAUUGCUAUUAUUAUGUAUUUUUUGAAAAAUUAUCGAAAUUAUUUUAAGAAUUAAUUUACAUAAUUAAUUAAUAAUUUUAACAAAAUAAGGAAAAAUAAAUUGAAUAACUAGCUGAAGAAAAAAUUAAAAUAUAAAACAAAAAAAAAUGGCCUCAAUAUUAAAUCCACAAACUGCUGGAUUAACUGGUAAUGAUCCAACAGCAACUAAUUCAAAUUUAACAACAAAUUUAAAUUUAAAUAAUCAUGCACAAUAUCAUAAUACUGAAACGUAUAAUACAAAUGCUGCACAAUCAUCAAAUGAUCAAAUGCAAAUUGAUCAAAAUUCAUGGGCGGAUUAUUAUAAUAGACAAGAUCAUAAUAGUCGUUCAAAUAAUGAUAGUAUAUCAUCACAAUCAAAUAGUAGUUAUACACGUCCAUGGGAAAUUGAUCCACCAAAAGAUAUUAAACAGCAAUCACAAUUUGAUUCAUUUCCAAAAUUACCAUCAUUUCAAAGUCAAUUUCAAGGUUUUACCGAUCCAAAUUCAUUAAUAGCUGAUACAGUAGCAUUACCACAUUUAUCACAACCGGUACCAGUACCAGUUCCAGUAUCACCAAGUAGUACAUCACCUGUAACAAAUAAUACAACAGCACAAUUAACACCAUUAACACCAAUAAAUACACAAGAACAUCAACAACAAACGACAUUAGUAAGCUUACAAAAUUCCAAUAUACAUACAUUAACGGCUGUGAGCGGAAGACAUUCCUAUUCAUUAGUAACAGCUCCAAUUCAGGUGCGUGACAUUCCAUCUGCUAUUAAUCAACAACCUCAAUAUAUUGAUGAUCGCCAUAUACAAAUAUAUCAGUCAAUUUCAUCACCAUUUCAACCACCAAAUGGUAAUGGUCAACAAAAUACAAUUUUAGUUAAAAAACAGGAUACAACUGUAAAUACAUUUGAUUUACAAAAUGGUAAUGCAGUGGUACGAACUUUAACUGGUAAUAGUACAGAUAAUUUAAAUUUAGUAAGUAGUGUUCAAUCAUCCAUUGACAGCCGUUUAAUGGAUACUAAUAGUUAUCAGCAACAACAGCAACACCAUCAACAACAGCAAAAUGCAACUACAACAACACAACAAAUUACACCAACGACUACAACAAGUAUAAAAGCUGGGAAAAUUCCAAAUUCGGAUAUAAAUCGUGUAGAUGGUCGUAAGAAAGAGCGUAGAAAAAAUCGUGCUGGUUCACUUGAAUCGACUGUUGAAUCCGAGAACAGUGCAAUGGAUGUGGAUUCUAGUCAAGUUGAUGCUGUAUCAAGCACGGCAAACUUUAAAAGUCCAUUUAAUUCAACAAAUUUACAUGAAAAUGAUGGUACUAUGGGUAAACAACAAAAAAAGAAAAGAAAACGUUGCGGAGAGUGUAUUGGUUGUCAACGUAAGGAUAAUUGUGGAGAUUGUGCCCCAUGUCGAAACGAUAAAAGUCACCAAAUUUGCAAACAAAGACGUUGUGAAAAACUUACAGAUAAAAAGCUUAUUUAUGAUACCGACGGCCAAUUGAUAAAAACGGAAUCAAGGCGUGGUCGUGGUAAAGGUAAAGCAAAUGGUGUGCCAAAACCAAAAGAAGAAAAGAAACCUAAAGGUACGCGUGGAAGGAAAUCAGCUGCUGUUUUAGCUGCAGCAAAUACUACAACCGUAGAAACAAACAGCGAUGCAGCACAACAGCAGCAAUUGCCACAGCAACCACAACAACAACAGCAGCAACAACAGCAACAACAACAACAGCAAAAGAAUCCUAUUUUAGUGGCAGCAACCCUACCUUCGCCACAUCAAACUCAAAAAGCAAUGACAAAUCUUGCACCAAUUACAACAGCUAUAACAAAUCAAUCACCGAAUAAAAAUCCUAAUAGUACAACUGUAUCAAUGUUAAAUGCUUCACCUCAGCAUCACAUUUCGCAACAACAACAACAACAACAGCAACAAUCGCAACAACAACAACAGCAGCAGCAGCAACAACAACAACAACAACAACAACAAUCACAGCAACAACAACAACAGCAGCAGCAACAGCAACAAUCACAACAGCAACAACAAGUUCAUAGUCAAAUUGCAACACACCAACUAGCUACAACGCAACAAAUUCAUAAUAUUAAAGAGCAACAAACAGCACAACAACCAAUGACUCCAAUGGCAUUUUAUCCAACAUGGCAAACCGCAGAUCCAUCACAAACUUGGCAAAAUCAAUUUAUUCAACAAAUUCCACAAAAUCCAACAACUUUAACUCCACUUAGUUCUAUAGAAUUUCAACCUCAAACAUAUACAUAUCAGCAUAAUGGUUAUAUACAAACUGCUGGUAUUGGUUUUGAUCCAAAUUAUGGUAGAGCUUAUGCUCCACCACCAGUACAACGUUAUGAUUUUCAAAAUCAACCUAUAGCAGCUUCCGGUGUUAAUCAAGUUGCAUUACAAGGUGUUGGCGUUGCCUCUUCAGUUGCAUAUACUGGGCAAAUAACAGCUGCUAAUACUAAUCCAACCACUUUAACAAACACUUAUCAAGAUCGAUCUAAAACUGAUAAUGAUAUGUCAGGAUAUCCAAGAGUUAGUAGUUAUUCAAGCGAAUUUAAUACAAAUCAAACACAAUCAUUAAUGACACAACAAUAUAACUGAUAUUUAAUUGAUUUUUAAAUAAAUAAAGUGAAAUUUAAAUACCAAAAAAGAAAAAAUAGUAAUGUUAUGUAAAAAAAAAACAAAAAAGCCGACCAAAUUUAUUAACUUUUAUUAAAAUUAGAUUUAUAUUUAGAAAAAAUCCAAAGGCCAAAAGACGGAAAAUUUUCCAAAUAAUUCUCGUAAAAUAUUUUGUAUUUGAUUUAUUUUUAUUAUAUUAUUACUUUUUAAUCUUAUUUUAAAAAUAAAUUUACAUAAGAUAAAAAUUUCGGGUUAAUUA